UAAUCAUAGCCGUUGAUUGGUGGCUCAAACAUCUCUACGUAUCAUACAAAACCAUCACAAAUCUCUAAAACAUCUGGAUCAUUAGCUCGCUUACUCAAUUAUUCCCCAACUUCGAAUUGCUCUUCCCUUUUUCUCCUCCAUUGUAUUGUCUGAAUUUUGUAGUCAAGCCGAAUCGCGAAGCAUCAAGGCUCAUCAGCGACAUUUCAUGCUAUGGCACCCAUAAAGGGCAUUCUUUCCCUGCAAAGGGCUGCUUUGUUCAGGAAUAGCAGUGAGAGGUGGAGUCUAGGAAUUAGAUCAUUUAGUACUCAAGGAGCAACAACUGCCGGUGCUCCACAGCCUCCCCCUCCUCCACCACCAGAGAAAACCCAUUUUGGUGGUCUAAAAGAUGAAGACCGUAUUUUCACCAACUUAUAUGGGUUGCAUGACCCCUUUCUCAAAGGUGCCAUGAAACGUGGUGACUGGUAUAGAACCAAGGAUUUAGUACUCAAGGGUGCUGAUUGGAUUGUCAAUGAAGUGAAGAAAUCUGGACUCCGUGGACGCGGUGGUGCUGGAUUUCCAUCAGGCCUCAAAUGGUCUUUCAUGCCAAAAGUAUCUGAUGGCCGGCCUUCUUAUCUUGUUGUCAAUGCUGAUGAAAGUGAACCUGGAACCUGUAAGGACAGGGAAAUCAUGCGGCAUGAUCCACACAAAUUAUUGGAGGGCUGCUUGAUUGCUGGGGUGGGGAUGAGAGCUACAGCUGCUUACAUCUACAUAAGGGGUGAAUAUGUGAAUGAACGUAUAAACCUUGAAAGAGCUAGAAAAGAAGCUUAUGAAGCUGGACUGUUGGGAAAAAAUGCUUGUGGUUCUGGUUAUGAUUUUGAUGUUCACAUCCAUUAUGGUGCUGGUGCUUAUAUUUGUGGUGAAGAAACAGCACUUUUGGAGAGCCUUGAAGGGAAACAAGGGAAACCUAGAUUGAAGCCUCCUUUCCCUGCUAAUGCAGGAUUGUAUGGCUGUCCCACCACUGUCACAAAUGUGGAAACAGUGGCUGUUUCUCCUACAAUAUUGAGACGUGGUCCAGAGUGGUUUGCCAGUUUUGGGAGGAAGAAUAAUUCCGGGACCAAAUUGUUUUGUAUCUCAGGUCAUGUCAACAAGCCUUGCACAGUUGAGGAGGAGAUGAGUAUACCACUUAAGGAGUUGAUAGAGAGGCACUGUGGAGGUGUGAGAGGUGGAUGGAACAAUUUACUUGCAGUAAUACCAGGAGGUUCAUCUGUUCCACUUUUACCCAAGCACAUAUGUGAUGAUGUCUUGAUGGAUUAUGAUGCACUUAAGGCUGUCCAGUCAGGACUGGGAACUGCAGCCGUUAUUGUGAUGGAUAAAUCAACUGAUGUUGUAGAUGCAAUUGCAAGGCUCUCUUACUUCUACAAGCAUGAGAGUUGUGGACAGUGCACGCCCUGCAGGGAAGGGACUGGAUGGCUAUGGAUGAUCAUGGAAAGAUUGAAAGUUGGGAAUGCAAAGUUGGAAGAGAUUGACAUGCUUCAGGAGGUGACGAAGCAGAUUGAAGGGCACACAAUCUGCGCUUUGGGUGAUGCAGCAGCUUGGCCUGUGCAGGGUCUUAUACGGCAUUUUAGGCCAGAGCUGGAGAGAAGGAUUAGAGAGCGUGCAGAAAGGGAGUUGCUGGAGGCUUCUGCUUAAUUACUGCUCAGCACUCAUGCGGUUAGCAUCUAAAGAUUUUUGACGGGUUGUCUCAUGCUAUGUAGGAAAUUUCCUGUGCGAGUAGCUAUUCUGGAAAUAAAAAUUGAAGUACCUGAUACUCGGAGGAUAGGUGACUCAGGCAUCUGGUUGUCUGUUACUGUUUUGUUUAUUUUUUUUCUGAGCUGUAUUAACAACAAUUCACCGUUUGAGAAAAUAAUUAAUGUCUCUAAUGUCUUGGCGGGGAUGCUUGUUUCUCAUAGCAUCCACAACAUCUUCUUUUUUGGUCCAUUUGAGGAAUAUUGUUAAUGAUAUCUGUAUUUUGCUAUGUCAUAGAUGUUAUUUUUCUGGUACCUAGCAAAAGGAUAGAAAAUGUUACCAGAUAAUUGAAAUAAAAGUUGUCCAAUGCAGAUAUUGACAUGAGAUGCUUAGGGAACUGAUAUGAAUAGACUAAAAAUGUACAGCAGCAAAAUGGCUUGAAUGGGUGCAUCAGGACUAAGAUUGGGACCAGGAUUGAGCUCAACCUCCCUGAGCAAGCUCUCAAGCUGUAGUUUCAUUCAAGUCUGUUGAAAUUUUA